UCAGAAUGCUAUGUUUCAAAUUUUGCUGGUUCACCAUUCAUUUGCAGGUGCAACCGUGUAAGUCUUUACCGAAACCGCCCACUUCAUCCAAUUACCAGAGAGCAAAAAUAGAGAAAAUUGACAUUAUAUUAAAGCCAACCACUUGGGAACAAACUAUAUGAAGAAUUAUGGGACAAUCAUCUAACUCAUAUGGGGAUAACAGACAGAGAAGAAUGAAAGAUCUUAAAGGAAAGAAGUCGAUUAGUAACCAAGAUAAGGAAAAUCAAAUGAUCCCUAAUGUGAUGGGUAGUGCACAAUUAUCAUGUCAACCAGAAGUUGUUACCCAAAGCAAAUAUAAUAAUACCAUUACUGAUACUCCUUCAACAAUUUUAUCUAUACCAUUACCAGAAGCUAAACAAGCACGCAUGAGUAGACUUGAAGCUAGAAGAGAAACUCGAAGGCUCAACAGCAUAAGUUGUCAUGAUGUCAAAUCUGGCCAACAGAAAAUGAAAGGGAAGGCUAAAUUAAAAACUGCAUUUAACCCUGCACUUGAGUUGCAUCUAAGUGGCAGAAAGAUUGCUCAUCAAAGUUCUAAUCAGAUUCCAUUAUAUCCCCUGAAUCCAGAGUAUAACACGCCAUCUUCAAAGGUUACUCAACUUUCUGCAACCACACAUCAUAUUGGAGCUAUUGAGCCUAGCUAUUCUAUGAUAGGUCAAUUAUCUGAUGGUACAUUUGGAAAGACAUCUACAUCAAGUGGCAAGCGGACAGUGAAUAAGUGUCGUAGAGGGAAGAAUAUAUCACAACCAUUAUCUGUGCUUGAAUCCAUAUUCAGGCAUCAACCUGAUUUUGAUAGUGAUAGAGGAGGCCAGCAUCAUACAAAUGAAGAAUCUGUGGAGUUUGAAGUUAACCAUGCAGAUGGAAGAGGCUCAUCACAUAAUCUUUCACCAUUUGUGUCACAAAUGUAUGCAUCGGCAGAAGUUGAAGAAUUGUUGGACUUUGGUGAUGCCACUUAUACAUGUGGUUACUGCAACUCUAUUAUGUGGUAUGAAGAGAGAUCAGAGAAAUCAAGACAGCCAUUGAAUCCGGAAUUUUCUAUAUGUUGCAUGAGAGGGAAGGUUGAUUUGCCAAUAUUGCUUAAGCCUCCUACAUUGCUUCUGAAUUUAAUAAGUGGUGUUGACCCACGAUCUAAGAACUUCAAAGAAAAUAUCAGGGCAUACAAUUCUUUGUUCUCUUUCACUUCACUAGGGGGCAAAAUUCAGACUGGGUUGAAUGAUGGCAAUGGUCCUCCAAAUUUCAUUCUUAAUGGGCAGAACUACCAUAGAAUGGGAAGUUUGAUUCCUCCUGAAGGAGCCCCUCCGAAGUUUGCCCAGCUUUACAUAUAUGACACUCAGAAUGAAACUGACAAUAGGAUGCGGCACUUUCGGUCUGAUGAACGCAGAAAUGUGUUGGAUCCUUCACUGGUUAAAGACUUAACAGAGAUGAUUGAUAUUCAUAAUCCGGUAGCAAAAUUGUUUAGAAGAGUUAGAGACUUUGCCAACCAUAAUGAGGGUUCAAACUUUUAUCUGAGGUUGUUUCGUAGAAGAAACAAGGAUCCAAGGGUAUAUAAUUUGCUCACGUCUGAUGAAGUGGCAGGGUUAAUUGUAGGAGACAUAGAGAAUUUGGAGGCUGGAAGGGAUAUCAUUGUGAAAAAACAAUCUGGUGAGCUGGUUAGAAUUCCUGAAUAUCAUGUAUCAUUUUUGCCCCUUCAAGAUGAAAUACCUGUGAGUGAGGCCUUUAGUAACGAUGCAGACAGAAAAAGGUUUAAAAUAAGCAUGCUAGAGUUCAUUUGUUUCAGAUUACAGGAACAAAUAACUGAAUAUGGAAAUAUUGUGCGUGCCAGAAGGUUGUUUCAGCGGUUUAUCGAAUGUUGGUCUCUUUCUUCCUAAACCAGUUUUUACACAUGGCCAACUAUAUGUGGCUGUGUCUAGAGUAAAAACAAAGAAGGGUUUGAAGAUUUUAAGCUUAGAUGAAGAAGGAAAGAUGUCUAAAUUGACAAAAAAUGUCGUGUACAAUGAGGUUUUUGAUACUCUAUAAUUGAUUAAUCAUGUAA